AUGCAUUCUCCUCCCUCCCUCGGUGCUCUAGGCGUGACCUGGACUGCCAUGCGAGCCAUGCAGUUCGUCUCCCUCGUUACCAUCAUCGGCUUGACUUCCAACUUCAUCUCCGAGAUGGUCAUGGCCGACUAUGCCGCUCCUUCGGCCCUCAUCGGCACACUGGUUGUGUCCUGCAUCGCAACUCUCUACAUUGCCAUCAGUUACAUCCUCUACUGGGACUACAUGCUCCCUCUCCUCAUUGCCACCGGCGCUGACUCGAUGAUCCUGAUCGCAUGCAUCGUCGUCGCUUGCACCGUUGGCAAGCCCGUCAGCUACCUGUCGUGCCCCAAGUUCCCCACGAACGGCAACACGGCCAACUUCAUCAACUCUCUGUUCCACAACGUCUACCACUCGAGCAGCAACACGUUCAAGUGGGUCGACGCCGACAAGGCCUCGUGCUACCAGAUCAAGGCCAUCUGGGGCCUGAGCAUCGCCCUGUGCGUGCUCUUCGCCUUCUCCGCCGUCACCUCCAUCUGCCUCUGGAAGCGCACCAAGGGCGCCCCCCCUCCCCCCAAGGACGUCGAGAGCUACUGA